GCUCACAUUCAUCAUACUGUUGCUCUUGCUGCCGAUGACUUUGGCAUGGAGAAGCUUAUAAUUCAGGGCUGAUCAUGAUCAACGUGAGGAUAAUGAUAGACAAAAUGCAUGAUGGUGGUUCUGUCACAGGCCGCCGAACACGCAGCAGCGUGUUGUGAUGUGUUUCAAGGAAGAACGAUCAAAGCAGGAUCAGACUCCAACUGUAUUUUUACAGCUUUGUUUCGAUCCAGAUUUCCAUUUACUCUUUUGUAAAGCCUACAUCUUCGAGUUCGAGUUCCACUUUAAGCUGCUGUUUUGGUUGUCUACUUUGUCAGUCCAGAAACCAUCAUCGCAUGAAAAUUUUGGAAGAAAUUGUAUGAUAGAAACGAGGAAACUAUAAGAAGGUUACAGUACUCGCUGUCGCUACAGAUUUUUGUAAAAUCGCGAAACCGAUGAAUCAAGUACGAGUAUCGGUACAUCUAGUGUAUUACAAGAAGAAAUCCUAAAGCCAUAUACAAAAUUUCUCAGAAGAACUUUAUCCCGAGGUAAAAGAAACUUACCCGCGGCAUCAAGAGCCUUCUAGCUAUCGAUAGAGCCGGUCAACAUCAACUUUUCCAACAACAGAAGACAGAAACAAACAAGCUAUGCCCUCCAUUAACAGUCUGCUUCUGAUCGCGCCGCCAGGUGGUGGCAAGGGAACGGUGACGAAACUUUUGCUGAACCGGUGUAAAUAUGCAUAAUGCAAAAGUAACGUACUAGUAUAAAUUGCAUUACAAAUUUUGGCAAGAAAAAAAAUGGAAUUUGUAAUGCUGUUUUACCUUAGGAGGAAGAUUUGUCAUGCGUAUUUGCAAGUAGUACGAGUACGAUACUUUUGCACAGCAUAGUAAAGCGCUUUUCUCCCAGUACCCGCAGCAGCAUUUUUCCAUGGGGGAUGUGUUGCGGAAAAAUUUGGACCAGCUGCCACAGGACCAACAGGCAAAGAUGCGGAACGGAGAAUUACUCCCGGCGCAGGACCUGAAGGAAAUCCUGUUUCGGGAGGUGCGGAAUUGCCUUGGUGGUAGUUCUAGCGCUGGAGGUGGCCACGCGGUCGUGGACGGCGUGAAUCUUCAGGGUGGUAGAAAUUGUAGUGCCGUCAGGGUGGAACAUCAAGAUGCCUCUCUCGACGACAAUUACAACGGCACUAGCAGUCGUCCACCUUGGAUCAUCUUGGAUGGGUUUCCGCGCACGGUGGAGCAGGCGAAACUACUGGAGCAGGAGGACGAGAGAAGUGAUGAACAUCAAAUAAGCGAUAGCACUCCUACUUCUUCUCGUGUUGACGCCGAGGACCCUGCAGAUAGGACGACUAUCACGCCAAGUAUCCACAAAAAAACGAGAGCCAUCCCCGUUCAUUUUUUGUAUAGCAAGGAGUGGAUUUUAUGCAUGUUUUGUGUGACAAAUUCGAUAAGGAUGGUUCUUUUUUUGUGGAUCAUACCAAAAAUCGCCGUCUUCCUCGAUGUGCCAACGGAGGAAAUCUUGGACCGCAUCGAGCACCGCUUGAUCCACCCCGGUUCUGGUCGGACGUACAAUGAAAAAUGGAACCCGCCGAAAGUCCCCAACGUCGAUGACGUGACUGGAGUAUGAAAUGUAAAAAUGUCUGGGUCUGGAAGAGUGCAGAUUUGUCGUGCACAUUUUCCAUGCCCCAUGAGGGCUGGAAUGCAGGACCUAGCAUCACAGAUUUUCGGAAUGCCUCCUAAUGCCUAUUCCGUUUGUAAGAAUAACCCAACAAGGCAACACUGGAGCUCCACCUUGCUCGCGGGCUUGGAUGGUAAAUCAGGUCAGCCACAUCUAGCGCCCACUGGCCGUACUCACGCGUAAGCAAUCGCAAACGGUUCGGCGGAUGCGGUCGGGUGGUACCUGUAGGACGUGGAACGGGUGUCCACCUAGGGGUAUUGGCAGAGGCUAAAUCUGUUCUAACGCCACGGCAUUGGCAGAGGCUAAAUCUGUUCUAACGCCACCCUGACAGGAGUCAAAUGUCAAAGCGAUGCGAUACGAUACGCGUAGCACAAUCUGGGCUCCUCUUGCUGGUCAUGCAAUACGGAUUUUUUUAGAAUCCAAAGACAGCAUGACAAGUUUGGAUCCUUCCAGACCCAGACAUUUUUGCAAUGCAUAUGGAGAACCGCUGGAACGGCGCGCGGACGACGAUUUCGCCACAGUGAAGAGGCGAUUGGAAGUUUUUCGCGAAUUCACUUGGAAACCGCUUUUGGAUCACUACGUCGGGCAGAGACCACCACGGCGGGGAACAAGUACACAAGAUGAACUACACGAGGACGGCUGCACGUCAAAAACAACAACCUUCAUCGUCUCCGGAGACGGGAAAGGCGCGGGGCUAGUGCAGCAGUUGACUUCAGCAGCAGCUGGUGAUCCAAAUCGUUCUGCUUCGGGACGAACAAGAACAGGCCCCCGUGAUGUCUUCGACGUGGCGAAGAAUCUGAAUUUGAUUAACCAGGGCCGCCGGAGCGAGGCGAUCGUCGAAGAGCUGUUGGCGUGUCCGGAAUUCCGCAGCUUGCUGGGGCUGGACGCUCUUGAACGUGAGCACAGCGCAGGCGCAGAUUACACUGCAGAAGGCCACCAGAGCGGAAGAUUUCUCUCGAGCGACGAACAAGCCCCAGCCGUGUUGAACAGUUGUGCGGUUGUAGCCGAGGGCAAGGGUAUUACUAUUAGACAAGAGCCAAUGGGGCGAGAAGAGGUGGCGGGAAACAGUGAACGCUCGCGCCAACAAGGAGCCGCUUCUACACGAGCUCCUGUGUACUCACGACUGUAAGCAAGAACUCCUUGUUGCGAAGUGUGACUAAAGUAAAGACUUGUUGGAAAGUGUUGUGUCGAGUAAAGACUUGAUGAGAUCAUGUUGUCCGCCAUGUGUGAUGAAAGGUAAAAAUCGAAGUUGCCAAUGCGGAAAGCGAAAGAAACACUAGGUCUACCCUGUAACAAACCGAAGUGAAGCAAAUGCGGAGAAAAUUCACCUACGGGCACGGCUCUCUCCGAUGCUGUGCAAAAACUUUAAUCCUUUCCAAAAACCUUCAGGGACUUUUUGUGGCACAUCCGUAAGGUGAAGCAGUGGCCAGAGCUCUCGUUAGAACUGAAAAAAGGAAAACUGAAGUGGAAAAAAGAAACUGAUGCCUCGUUGUUCAACUUCUUCCACUUUUUCUUCGUCGCGGCUAGAGGAAUAGCGGAGAAAUCAACACAAACUGAGAGAACUCAAGACCAAAACUCUUCUCCGUGUGCUGCGACUGGUGUUGUAUGCGCGUACUUUCGAAAUGGAAAUAGUCGAGAGCAACGCG